GAGAGCCGAUGCAAGUACUCUGAGCAAUUAACAAUCGAGCAAGCUACUGAUGGAAGUAACAGCGAACGUAGCCAGUCCGCCAAGCCGUCCGCUCUCUGUCCGUGUGUCGGCAGAGACGGAAGGUGCUGACAAUUCCACGGCGGAGGAACCCAUGAGCCCUACCGGAAGAAUCUUGGAGGAGAUGGGUGUCUGCAUCGUCAUCGUGAUGGGGCUCAGCACGCCGGUGAACCUGCCCGUCUUCCGCUCCGGCAUCGAAACAGAGCUGAUUACUCGUUCCUCACGCUUCUGCAGCAUUCAAAUAAUGGAUGGACCCAAGGAUGGCAAGCCGCGAUGGGUGCAAACAGCGGUGAACGUGGACGAACACAUCAUCGUCCCGACGUUCGAUCCUGCUGCCGUGGCUUCUAACCCGGAAAAGGCCGUGGAGGACUAUGUAGCGAUGUUGUCCACACUCCCUAUGGACAGGGGACGCCCGCUUUGGGAGUUCCACUUCCUCAACUUGAAGACCUCCGGCGCGGCCUCUACGGUGGUGCUCCGCCUGCACCACUCCAUCGGUGACGCCAUGUCCAUCAUGACACUCUUCAUGGCUUCGGCAUGCAGCACGGCUGACCCAACUAGGCUGCCGGCCAUGCCACCGCCGCCCAGAAGGACCGGCGCGAUCUAUCAACAGCAGACACGACCUCCGUUGUCUUUGUCAAGCCAUUACCUGGCGUGGGUUUGGUCAUAUUUUGUGUUGGCAUGGCACACGCUGGUGGAUGUCGCAUUGCUUGCUGCGACGGUACUGUUCUUGAGAGAUCCCCGUACGAUGUUCACGCAUAUGCCAGAUGCCAGCGGGUCU